AUGACUACUGCAACCACGACUGGUGCUACGGCACAAGGCGCCUUCAAUGUCUUGCCCACCGCAAACGACCCGUACACUUAUCAAGUGGGGUUCGGCAACAGGUUUGCUACAGAGGCGAUUCCAGGAACUUUGCCUCAAGGCCAGGACAUGCCCCAGAAGAAUAAAUAUGACCUCUAUCAAGAAGGGAUGACUGGGUCACCCUUCAUUGCUCCACGGCACGAAAAUCUGAACGCGUUUCUAUACCGGAUAAGGCCGUCUGUGGCCCACCAAGGGUUCACCGCCCUUCCUGACAACCCAGAUCUCGAGGCUUGCUUUCUCUCUCUGAACCCCAAAGUCCACGUUAGCCCAACCCAACUUGCGUGGUAUCCUUUCAGUUUGCCCUCAGACAACGAGAGGGCGGACUUUAUUGCGGGCUUGAGGACCUUAGCCGGCAAUGGCGAUCCCACUCUGAGAGAAGGCCUUGCCAUCCACAUCUAUUUGGCAAAUGAGUCGAUGCAGAGCAAGGCGUUCUGUAACAAUGAUGGUGAUAUGUUGAUUCUUCCGCAGCAAGGUCGGCUGGAUAUACAGACUGAAUUUGGGAAGAUGAUGGUACGGCCCGGCGAGCUUGUCGUCAUCCAACGUGGAAUGAAGUUCAAGGUUGUCCUUCCCGAUGGGCCUUCUCGUGGAUAUAUCCAGGAGAUCUUUGGUUCCCAUUAUCAGCUUCCCGACCUUGGGCCUUUGGGCGGACACGGUCUAGCUAACCCACGCGAUUUCGAGACACCAGUGGCAAGCUUUGACAUCGAUCAGUCUCCAUGGGAAAUUGUUUACAAGCUGUCCGGGAAGCUAUUUGUGAGCAAGCAGGAACACACGCCCUUCGAUGUAGUCGCCUGGCAUGGGAAUUACGUCCCUUAUAAGUAUGCGAUGGAGAAGUUUAUUCACGUCGGCAGUAUUUCCAAGGACCACAUCGACCCCUCGAUCUUCUGUGUCCUAACAGCAAAAUCGAAGGCACCUGGUAUCCCCCUCGCGGACUUCUUGAUCUUUAGCGGGAGAUGGGAUGUCGCUUCUGAAACCUUCCGGCCGCCGUAUUAUCACCGUAAUUCGGCUACGGAAUUCAUGGGUCUGAUUUAUGGCGGAUAUGGAGGUCGUAGCGACUCUUUCUCUCCUGGAGGUGCCAGCUACGAGACAGGGUUCUGUCCACACGGUGUAUCUUAUGAUGAGUUCAAGAUGGCCUCAGAAAUGGAACUGAAACCCAUGCGAAUCCACGAGGGCACCCUCGCGUUCAUGAUGGAGUCCAGCAUGAUGUUGACCUUGACUGACUGGGCAAUCAAGAAGACUGGGAAACUGCACGAACACGAGCCCAAGAUGUGGGAUAAUCUGAAGGGAAAUUUCAUCAAUCAUCUCGACGAAAUAAACCAAGACUUGAAGGCCGCUGGGUUGCCUGAGCUCGGAAAGGGAAAUUGA